GUCCGGGCUGCGGCGGCGGCCGCGUCACAGCAGUGCUCCCGCUGCCCGGCGCCUCAGACCCGGCCCGAGCGCCGCCGAGGACGCGGACGGGGACCCGCACGGGCACAGGGGCUGCGCCGGAGCUUCCUCUCGCGGGCCGGGGCUGCGCGACCAUGGCGGACAAGGAGGCCGGCGACGGCGACGCGGGGCCCCGAGAAACAGCCCCCACGUCUGCAUAUUCCUCUCCAGUCCGGAGUCUGGGGGACACAGGAAUCACGCCGCUGUCCCCUUCCCAUAUCGUGAAUGAUGCUGACCCAAACGUCUCAGAGCAGCAGAUGUUUCUGGUGGUGGUGGCCAUUGACUUUGGAACCACGUCCAGUGGCUAUGCCUACAGCUUCGCCAAGGAGCCAGAAUGUAUCCACGUGAUGAGGCGAUGGGAAGGGGGCGACCCUGGGGUGUCCAACCAGAAGACUCCGACCACUAUCUUGUUGACUCCGGAGAGGAAAUUCCACAGCUUUGGGUAUGCCGCCAGGGACUUCUACCAUGAUCUGGAUCCCAACGAGGCCAAGCAGUGGCUGUACCUGGAGAAGUUCAAGAUGAAGCUGCAUACCACGGGGGACCUCACCAUGGAUACAGACCUAACGGCAGCAAACGGCAAGAAAAUCAAAGCCCUUGAAAUCUUCGCGUACGCCCUGCAAUACUUCAAGGAGCAGGCGCUGAAGGAGCUGAGUGACCAGGCGGGGUCGGAGUUCGAGAACUCUGAUGUCAGAUGGGUCAUCACAGUGCCUGCCAUUUGGAAACAGCCCGCCAAGCAGUUCAUGAGACAAGCUGCCUAUCAGGCAGGCCUGGCCUCCCCCGAGACCGCCGAGCAGCUCAUCAUUGCCUUGGAGCCCGAGGCGGCCUCCAUCUACUGCCGGAAGCUGCGGCUGCACCAGAUGAUCGAGCUGAGCAGCAAGGCCGCGGUCAACGGGUACAGCUCCAGUGACACAGUGGGAGCUGGGUUUGCACAGGCUAAGGAGCACAUACGGCGUAAUCGGCAGAGUCGGACCUUUUUGGUGGAGAAUGUCAUAGGAGAAAUCUGGUCCGAGCUGGAGGAAGGUGACAAGUAUGUGGUCGUGGACAGUGGCGGGGGCACCGUAGACCUGACCGUCCAUCAGAUACGGUUACCGGAGGGACACCUGAAAGAACUGUAUAAAGCAACAGGUGGACCCUAUGGAUCCUUAGGAGUAGAUUAUGAAUUUGAAAAACUUCUGUGUAAAAUAUUCGGAGAGGAUUUUAUCGAACAAUUCAAAAUCAAGCGUCCCGCGGCCUGGGUUGACUUAAUGAUUGCAUUUGAGUCUCGUAAAAGGGCAGCAGCCCCGGACCGAACAAACCCACUGAACAUCACCCUGCCCUUCUCCUUCAUUGACUACUACAAGAAGUUCCGUGGGCACAGCGUGGAGCAUGCCUUGAGGAAGAGCAACGUGGAUUUCGUGAAGUGGUCCUCACAAGGGAUGCUGAGGAUGAGUCCAGAUGCCAUGAAUGCUCUUUUUAAGCCAACCAUUGACAGCAUCAUUGAGCAUCUCCGGGACCUGUUUCAGAAGCCUGAAGUGUCCACUGUCAAGUUCCUCUUCCUGGUGGGAGGCUUUGCGGAGGCGCCCCUCCUGCAGCAAGCGGUCCAGGCUGCCUUCGGCGACAAGUGCCGCAUCAUCAUCCCCCAGGACGUGGGCCUCACCAUCCUCAAGGGCGCCGUCCUCUUCGGCCUGGACCCCGCGGUCAUCAAGGUGCGCCGGUCGCCGCUCACAUAUGGGGUGGGCGUGCUGAACCGCUAUGUGGAGGGCAAGCACCCACCCGAGAAGCUGCUGGUGAAGGACGGUACUCGCUGGUGCACCGAUGUCUUUGAUAAGUUCAUCUCCGCCGACCAGUCGGUGGCCCUGGGGGAGCUGGUCAAGCGUAGCUACACCCCGGCCAAGCCUUCCCAGCUGGUCAUCGUCAUCAACAUCUACAGCUGCGAGCACGACGACGUGAGCUUCAUCACCGACCCGGGGGUGAAGAAGUGCGGCACGCUCCGCCUGGAUCUCACAGGGACCAGCAGCACAGCCGUGCCCGCCCGGAGGGAGAUCCAGACCCUCAUGCAGUUCGGGGACACAGAGAUCAAGGCCACGGCCAUCGACAUAGCCACCUCGAAGAGCGUCAAGGUUGGGAUUGACUUCUUAAAUUACUAACAGACCCGCCCCGCCGCCUGCGAACCCCGCCCCCACCCCUGGACUCUGUUCCCCUGCAUCUGCUGACCUCAACCCUGACUCUUCUUUCUCUGUCCUUGACCUUCAGCAUCGCCCACCUGAAUUUCAGCAGGGAAGAUGGGAACGACUAGGGCUAGAAACAGGGAUUUUUGAGGACACACAGGAAUCAGAAAAAACUGUCGGAGGUUUGGGAAUAAGAAAUCUGAGGAUCCUGGAAGAGCAGCUAGUUUUCAUAGGUGCCCAGUGGUGAGACAGCCACCCGACAAGGGAGUCAGUCUGUUUCUGCAGCGGCGAUUCAGCUUGCUUUGAACGGAUCUCUGUUAGGAUGCCCUGAUCUAUUUGAGACUUUUCUUUUUACGUUUUUUUGGAUGGCAGUCAAUAUAAAAUGCUGUCCAUCUGCAGUUAAUUUCUUUUCAUCAUCAUGUGAUUAAAAGCGGUGAUUCAGUGGGAGCUGGGAGCAUGUGCAGCUGGUGGGAGAGGCCUGCCCACGCUGGGCACUAUUUUAGGUUCUCAUAAUUUCAAUUCUGAAUAGCUUCAGUGAGGAGUAACUAUCGCCUGAGCUAAUCUACUAGGAUUCGAGUGAGUGGGAGAGCUGAUGCCCUCACUUUUCAGCAGGUGAAAGCUGGCUUCGAGCGAAGUGGGUGGUUUAGGCGCUGCUGACUUAUCCCAAAUCAUACGCUGGGACAUCAUUCCCCGGAUGCCAGAUCCUGAUUUCUGAAUUCAUAAAAUAACUCAAGUUAACCUUAGUAGGCUUCUGUGUGAGGAAAUGGGCUUGCAGUUUGCCUUGUUCACAUCACCAAGCCCGGGAAUCUGGAACAGCCCCUCACCUUGACAAGCGUCCCUAUUAUAAAUUAACUCCCUUCUCCCCCUCAUCUCCCAAAGAGUUUUGGCCCCGCAUUCCCACAUUUCAAAAAGAAUACAUUGGUGAUACGUGGGUAGAGAAUCUGUACUAUGAAAUGUUUCGCUAAAAUCUUCAGUUUUUUAGGCGUAUCUAAAAGGAAUUCAUAGAUUUGUACUUGAUGAAUUCAGCCAGGUCGGUUCAAAGCUGAUCUGUGGAUCCCCUUGUGAGAACUGCCUGGGUGCCUCUUAAAAGCAGGUUUCUGGAUCCUGUUCCUUUUACAAAUUGAAUUUGGGUCUUGGUGGGGGAGGAGGGGACCAGCAUUUGCAUUUUCAGUAGACACCACGGGGGACUCUGGUUCCAUGGGAAUCUGAGAACUCCUAACUUGAGGUUUUGUUGGAAGCUGAAGCACACACCAGCGCCUGCAGGCUCCCCCUUGGGGAGAGGGAUUUUCAAGUGAAGAACCGGGGUCCCACACUCUGCCCUUUGUGAGUGGGGCUGGGGCUCCACCAGGCUUGGGGGUGGCGCUUUUAGCCCUCACAGGAAUAGCCUGCAAAGGAGGAAGGUCGGAAGAAAGGGACCCUAAGAACAGAUGAGGAACCAACUGGUGUCUCUGCUGGAACUCAUUCCUAUUUGAAAUCCUUGGAGGCAUGCAUAAUAAACGAAGGGAGGAUGAGCUAAGGGACUCACUUCAAGGCAAGCUGGAUUCACAAACCCAUUACCAUAGCCAAUAUGCAGAUUCGAAAUAGCAUUUCCAGUUUCAUUUGAACAUGUCUUUCCACACCGCCUGCUGCAGAAUUCCCUGCUAGAAUGUGAAACACGAACAAACCACUGACCUAGAGAAUGCUAGUCAUGUAACUUAACUUCGUAGCAGGAUUGCGCAUCCAGGCACAGAGGUGUGUUUGCUGGGGUUCUCUUGCUGCCUGCUCUGCUUCAAAAGCUAAGUGUUCUGGGUCUUUCUUUGGUGUUGCCAGCCAUACUCUGCAAAUAAGACUUCUCAAUUUAGUUAUAAGUAAUAUAAUUUUAUGUACAUACAGUAUUAGAAUAUUGUACAGAAUCUUUAUUUCUACAAUGUGCUUUGUUAAAAAAAAAAAAAACAAAAGGAAAAUGCUCUUUGAAUUUUGUUGAUGACAUUGCUGCCUUUAAUUUCCCAUGGCUUCAUUUUUUAAUUGCGCUUACUUAUCCAUUUGUACCCGAUACUAAGCUUAUGGACUAUGUAUGCGAGACUGAGCAAGAGUCAGAGGUGCGGAGGCUCCGAA